AAGACAACCAACCUACCUCAGACGAAGAUACAACCUCUGAAAACUCUGAGUCUGACCAACUUUUUGCUGAAGCUAAAUUACGCUUAUAUAGAAAGGAAAAAUUAAACCAAGUUCACGCUCAGGUCACUCAAGAACUUGUCCAGAGACGAUUACAAGAAGUUCAAUUGAGAUUAGCUACAUCAUCACAAUUACCCUCAUUAGAAAUCUCAACCCCAUUCGAAUUUAAAUCUACUCAAGAAACCCCCCAGGCUUUUAAUUAUAACGAGGAAGAAGAGCAUAACCCUGCACAUAUUUUUCCUGAAGAAAAUUAUAGUGAGGAAACUCCCGAAACUCAACUCCAAUUACUACAUCACCGUGAGCCUCAGCAACUGCAGCAACCGUACGAAGAACCUUCAACCCUAACUUAUUUUCCUACUACUCAAACCCCCGUCCGAAACCUUCCACAAGUAACCUACUCACAAGGAGAAACUUUUGCUGAAAGCAGUAGAACUUCAUCACAACCCACUAAACCCCAGCAAUUUAUUAUACCUCUUAGUGAAGAUGACGAAGACGCCACCUCAGAAGAGACCCAAGUAAUAAAUUCUGAAUUUACCCAUGAACUAGCAAAUCUAGAGGAAGAAGCAGCAAGUGUACUUGCUACUCUAGCUAAUUAUUUUGGAAAUCUCAGACCAACCCAACCAGAAACUCAAAACUUACCUGAAAACCUUCCCCAGAGAACCACUGAUUUUCCGCGAACUCAAGAAGAAAUCGAAUCCAUCUAUCCCCAAGACGAAGCCUUUCCAGAGAUCCAACUUGCCAAAAAUAACCUUGAGAAUAACAAUAAUAAUAUUUUAAAUUUUAAUAAUUUAUUUAAUUUUGAGAAUCAAGAAAAUAAUAACUUACCUGGUCUCAAUUUGUUUAACACCGAUCCUACCUUCAAAGAUCUUGAAAAUAUAGAUCAAGCUCAAUUUAAUACACUAGUACAAGCUUUAACUGGGCUUACUGCUCAACUGAAUAAUAAUACACCUGCUCCUGCUCCUACAUUACCUGUAACUAUUCCACUUUUCUAUGGCCGUCUAUAUGAAAAUGUUAAUUCAUGA